GGCAUGACGGACGGGCUGGGCCGGGUAGGCAGCGGUGGCCCCCGUCCUCCCCGCUGGUGGGCGAGCCCCUGGCAAGUGUUACCCCCCGGAGCUCUGCCUUGGGGCGGGGUGGCUCUGGGCCCCGCCGCGGCCGAGCUGCUGGGGGCACGACACAAGCGUCUGGUGAUCCGCUGGACACUGCCCGGGGCUGCGAGGCGAGUGUCCGCCGUGCCAGAGCCGAGGGAGAGGACGGCGAGAGCCGCUUUCCCCCCGACUGUGGUUACAUCUUUCGCUGGGCGAGGCUCCUUGGGCCAGGCGGGGCCGGGUCGGCAGCCUGCGGGCUGGGCCGUGCGCAGCCUGGCCUGCGGCCCCUCCGCCGGCCUUGUUUAGUCGGCCUGGCCUGGAGGUGUCAACGCUGGCCUGAAUCGACCGGCUUGAUGACCAGGGUUUUGAUAUCUCCUAAUUGAAGGCAGUCAAAAUACUAAUUGCAAGUGAAUCCUCCUUGGUCAGCCUAUUGGAUGUCUCUGGGAACAUAAGAAGUCAUGGCAGAAAGUGAUGCAGUGCCAGCGUUACCAAAAAAGUGUGGCCCAUACAUUUCAUCUGUAACCAGUCGUGGCAUGAAUUUGGUAAUUCGUGGUAUAGUGCUGUUUUUUAUUGGUGUAUUUCUUGCAUUAGUAUUAAACUUGCUUCAGAUCCAGAGAAAUGUUACUCUCUUCCCUCCUGAUGUCAUCACAAGCAUCUUCUCCUCAGCUUGGUGGGUCCCGCCUUGCUGUGGCACAGCAUCAGCUGCAAUUGGGUUGUUGUACCCAUGCAUGGACAGACAUCUGGGAGAGCCACAUAAAUUCAAGAGAGAAUGGUCCAGUGUAAUGCGAUGUGUGGCGGUCUUUGUGGGAAUAAAUCAUGCCAGCGCUAAAGUGGACUUUGCCAACAACAUCCAGUUGUCUCUCACAUUAGCAGCCUUGUCGAUUGGGCUGUGGUGGAUGUUUGAUAGAUCACGAAGUGGCUUUAGUCUUGGAGUAGGAAUUGCUUUCCUGGCUACAUUGGUGUCACAGCUUCUGGUCUACAAUGGAGUAUAUCAAUACACAUCUCCAGAUUUCCUUUAUGUUCGUUCCUGGUUGCCAUGUAUAUUUUUUGCUGGUGGAAUAACCAUGGGAAAUAUUGGCAGGCAGCUAGCAAUGUAUGAGUGCAAAGUCAUUGCAGAGAAGUCUCACGAGGACUGAGGAGAAACAAUAUGCACCUUUUAAACAGGAAAAUCUCUGACAAAUGACUGUUGGAAGAGCAUAAGGAACACUUGACUAUAAAAUUGCCAAAAUGCAAUUUAUUUUUUUUUUCCCCCUUGAGUGGUGUACUUUACUGCAAUCUGUGAUUGCUGCUUCUUUAGAAACCUUCAUGUCUGAUUUUGAUUACUGUGAAGUUACAAUAGUAUGCAAUAAAUUUGACAAUAUAGGUUCAAUUAUAGGAUUCUCUUUUCCAAAUCUAAACUGAUUUUACCAUAAAUUGACUGUCCACGAUGUUGCAGUGCCAAACUGAACCUUUGCACUAUGUUUCUGUAGCUGAAACUCCUGCUUCACUUUAACUGGAAAGUUUUGAGGAAUUUGUUCUUAAUAGCUCAGUGAAAGAUUCAGAUUUAAGAAUGAAGAUAUUCUCUCUCCAUGAUGAUAGCUUAUAGUGUCUUUAUGAAAGUCAUGGAUUGCAGGUGAGCUUUGAUGCAAUAAGUAACUGUUUCUACCUGUUAACACCCUGUAUGACUCCUCUUGCAUCACAGGUGAAGAAACUUCAGUUAAAUUGUAUGGGCUAUUGCUAUAGCACUUCACUUGUCUGUGGUAUGUGCCCGGUAUCACAGAAUACAGAAAUAGAAACCAAGGCUGGAAAUGUACUAUUUUUCUCCUACUACAACCAGUAUACAUGUUUAUGUAUGAGUUUAUGUGGGCCAUCAUCAGAUGUGGACAGAUUCUGAAAACUAUUUCUGUUGAGUAACAGGAUGCAGUUCGGGUCAUUCUUGUACAGUCCCUUAAGCUGACUUGUGCUGAUCCCUUAUAAAAACAUCUUAGGGAGUUUUAUUGCAAGACUUAAUUCUACUGAACUAAAUCAGCCACUACCAUACAGUGUCAUAAAAUCCUCCAUUACCAAAUUUACUCUUGAUAGUUCUUGUCUUCUGUCAGCUGUGUUCACAGGGAUCAGCAGGAAGGGGGUAAGGCAGUAUUUUGAGGUACUGAUGUAGCCCUUACUGCUCUGACUAUGGUACGGGCAACCAUAAAUGUAUUUGUUUUUGUAUCAGUUUUCUGAGGUAGAGAAAUAUUGUUACCCAUAUUUUACAGGUGCCAGUGCACAGAAAGUCUGAUAGGAGAAAGAGCUCAAAUAGGCUGUGUGCUGAUAAACUUCUUAAGAAGGAUUUUAAUGUGCAACCUAUAUUUGUGGGCAUAUGUGGAAUUUCCUAUUGACUUUACAGCUCCCUUUGUGAGACCAUGAGAUAAAAGAGCUUGUGCAAGAAGACAGAAAGCAGACUUCAAGAGGACACUGCUAACCUUUGACAGUGGUGAAUUUGGAAUGGGAUGUCUCUGCUUUGUUUUCCCCCUUCUGUCUCUGUGCUGCUGAUGUUUUAAUGUAUUUGUUUGCCAUUUUUGUCUUGAAGUACUAUUCUUCAAAUCUUUUGUGAAAGGUUUAUAAGACAUGUUACAGUCACCGAGGGAGGCUGGGGUUGGUCCAAAGAACAAAUAAAUGUUUAGACCCAUUUUUAUUAAUAAAUGUGUGUACGCAUUGUACACAAAGCUGGAAACAGGCAACUCUUUUUUUUUUCAGUCUUACAUGUUUAUCUCUAAGUCUGAAAAGUAUGUGAUGGAGCUCUUUCAAAAGUGCUGUAAUGAAAGAGUUGGUCACAAAAGGAAAAUUUCCUGAAUGGGAAGUAUAAAAAUAAUAAAUAAGCAAAUGGUGUACAAAGAGUUCGGUGCAGUAGCUCUACAAAGUUUCAUCAGCUCAUGGUUCCAUGACAAUUCAACACCUGAAGCAUAUUUUUUGUUGGGUAACAUUUCAGGAAAGCUCUUAGAGAUGCACUUUGCUUUAAGCAGAGAUAAACAUGUUUAAGAAGGUUACUGACUAGAGAUUUUCUUUUAAUCAAACCAUACGUCAAUAAGAAGCAUUUUAUUAAUAA